GGCAGGUCACUUGCCCAAGGUCACACGAGUGGCCAACAGUUUCCAUCGCGAACCCCCUCCCCACUCGCUCAGCCCCUCCAAUCCGCAGCUCUGCGUGAGGGGGCGCGCGCAUCUCCCCUGUUGUCUGUCAGUCAGCCUGUCUGUCUGGGUGUCUAUACGGGCUCAGCCCUGCACCCCUCCCCAGCCGCGGGCGCUGCGCAAGGAGAGACAAGGCGUUCGCAGCGCCCGGUCCGAGCUCCACGCCCGCAACCGCCAGACGGCAGCGCUUGCGUCCGCACCCGCCCCAGCCCGAGCGCGGGAGCUGGCGGGGCAAAGGCGCAGCGGCCGGCGGACGUCUCUCGCUGCCUCACUGCUCUCUGCGUUGGGGGAAGCUGAGAGGGUGAGCCCAGCCACCGGCCCUCAAAGAUGAAGAAGCUCCAGGGAGCUCACCUCCGCAAGCCUGUCACUCCUGACCUGCUGAUGACCCCGAGUGACCAGGGCGAUGUCGACCUGGACGUGGACUUUGCUGCAGACCGGGGGAACUGGACAGGCAAGCUGGACUUCCUGCUGUCCUGCAUCGGCUACUGCGUGGGCCUGGGGAACGUUUGGCGUUUCCCCUAUCGAGCCUAUACCAAUGGAGGAGGAGCCUUCCUCGUGCCCUACUUCCUCAUGUUGGCCAUCUGUGGCAUUCCCCUCUUCUUUCUCGAGCUCUCCCUGGGUCAGUUCUCCAGCCUGGGGCCCCUGGCUGUCUGGAAAAUCAGCCCCCUCUUUAAAGGUGCUGGUGCAGCCAUGCUGCUCAUCGUGGGCCUGGUGGCCAUCUACUACAACAUGAUCAUCGCCUACGUCCUCUUCUACCUCUUCGCCUCCCUCACCAGCAACCUGCCCUGGGAGCACUGUGGCAACUGGUGGAACACAGACCUCUGCCUGGAGCACAGAGGCUCCAAGGAUGGCAAUAGGACCCUGCCCCUGAAUCUCACCUACACCGUCAGCCCCAGCGAGGAGUACUGGAGCCGCUAUGUCCUCCACAUCCAAGGAAGCCAGGGCAUCAGCAGUCCUGGGGAGAUCCGUUGGAACCUCUGCCUCUGUCUGCUGCUGGCCUGGGUCAUCGUGUUCCUCUGUAUCCUCAAGGGUGUCAAGUCCUCAGGCAAGGUGGUGUAUUUCACAGCCACAUUCCCCUACCUCAUCCUGCUCAUGCUGCUGGUCCGUGGAGUCACCCUCCCAGGGGCCUGGAAGGGCAUCCAGUUCUAUCUUACCCCCCAGUUCCACCACCUGCUGUCUUCCAAGGUAUGGAUCGAAGCUGCUCUUCAGAUCUUCUACUCCCUGGGUGUGGGCUUCGGGGGUCUUCUCACUUUUGCCUCCUACAACACAUUUCAUCAGAACAUCUAUAGAGAUACCUUCAUCGUCACUCUGGGCAAUGCCAUCACCAGUAUCCUGGCUGGCUUUGCGAUCUUUUCCGUGCUGGGCUACAUGUCUCAGGAACUGGGUGUGCCUGUGGACCAAGUAGCCAGAGCAGGCCCUGGCCUGGCCUUUGUUGUCUACCCCCAGGCCAUGACUAUGCUGCCUCUGUCACCCUUCUGGUCCUUCCUCUUUUUCUUCAUGCUUCUGACCCUCGGCUUGGACAGCCAGUUUGCCUUUCUGGAGACCAUUGUGACAGCUGUGACCGACGAGUUCCCAUACUAUCUGCGGCCUAAGAAGGUGGUGUUCUCGGGGCUCACCUGCAUAGCCAUGUACCUGCUGGGGCUGGUCCUCACCACUGAAGGGGGCAUGUACUGGCUGGUCCUUCUGGAUGACUACAGUGCCAGCUUCGGGCUGAUGGUGGUGGUGAUCACCACGUGCCUCGCCGUUACCCGGGUGUAUGGCAUUCAGAGAUUCUGCCGAGACAUCCACAUGAUGCUGGGCUUCAAGCCGGGCCUCUACUUCAGGGCCUGCUGGCUGUUCCUGUCCCCAGCCACACUCUUGGCCCUGCUGGUGUAUAGCAUUGUCAAGUACCAGCCCUCUGAGUAUGGCAGCUACCGCUUCCCACCCUGGGCCGAGCUACUGGGCAUCCUGAUGGGCCUGCUGUCCUGCCUCAUGAUCCCUGCUGGCAUGCUGGUGGCAGUGCUUCGAGAGGAGGGUUCGCUCUGGGAGCGGCUCCAGCAGGCCAGCCGGCCGGCCAUGGACUGGGGCCCAUCUCUAGAGGAGAACCGGACAGGCAUGUAUGUGGCCACGCUGGCAGGGAGCCAGUCACCCAAGCCGCUGAUGGUACACAUGCGCAAGUACGGGGGCAUCACCAGCUUCGAGAAUACGGCCAUCGAGGUGGACAGAGAGAUUGCCGAGGAGGAGGAGUCUAUGAUGUGAGGCCCAAUCCUCACAGUCCCUUGUGAGGGGCCCACAAGGGCCAGCUGUGCCCUCUGGGGUUUUGAGAGCCUUUGGGGGGUGAUGCUGGUCCCCCAGUGCAAGUCCCUCCUGUGGUCUCUGCUUGUCCUGAAACCUUGGUCAGCUCCUUGUGUACACACACACACACACACACAUUUUCAAGCCUGAGAAGGACUCAGCUCAGCCCCACUUUGCAGCUAGGAAAAUUGAGGCCAAGAAGGUGGGGACUUGCUCAGGUCACAUGGCAGAGGUGACUUGACUCUAGGCCACCUGACUAGCCAGCUCUCUUUCCAAUGGGGCUGCUGACACCACCUUCUCAUCUCUGUUCAGGGCCCACACCCCUCCCUUUUCUUGGGGAGCCCAUCACCAUGUAUACUUCAACAAACCAGAAUCUUGAGCUGGGCAGGGAGGGUCAGGGAUGCAGAGGCUCUGAGAGCCUCCAGGCCCUGGAGAUGGAGGCCAGUAAGUUAAAUGGGGAGAAAGAUCCCUGGAGGUUCCUGUGCAUAGACCCAGUGGGUGGGUCUCCUGAAGGAACUGGGAGUUGAGAGCCCAGGAGGAUGAGAAAGGUUUGUCAAAAGAGGGAGAGGAGGGCAGAGAGGGAGGGCCACUGGGCCAGGAAGAAGCUGAGCUCCCUGGGGCAGAGACUGUUACCAGGUUGCAGGAGUGUCCUGGGUUGGAGAGGAAACUGACAGGGGUGGGCAGGAGAUCCGCAUGAAGGGGAAUAUGGUUCUGGACUUGUACAAGGAGGAUCCGAGGGGGACAGUGUGGAGGUGGGAGGUGUGUGGAGGGAAGACAAGAGGUGCUGGUGGCUUGAGCCAGGGCUGCUAGUGGGGACAAAAAGAGGCCCGGCCUUUCAGAGAAGGGCCACCCCUUCACCCACCAGACCCCAAGCUGCACAAGCUGGGGAGGUGGGACCAAGGGCCCCACUCUUCCCUUCUCCCUGUCCUGUCCUCCCUUGCACCUCUCACUAUCUCCUGAGCUUCAGGCAAUCUUGGGAAGCUGGUGUUGGUCCUAGGUGGCGGGGCAGCCAUGAGACCCACAGGUGGUCCCCGUGUACACCCAUGCAGCUGCAGGGCCUAGGCUGGCAGGAGGAUACAGGCAGAGAGCAGAGGGUCCCUGAGAGAGGAGAGUGGGGCACAGAAAUGUCUGAGCAGGACUCUUGCACAUGGCGUUGUCCAGAAGGGCAGGGUACCCUCGAGCAGCUCGGCCAGCCUCUGCGCCCUGUGUCUGUCUCCUGGUGUCUCCUCAACCCAUCUGUGUCGUCAGCUGGUUGUUAAUAAAUACCAUCGAAAUCGUGCUCCUGGCCUGCCUCCUUACUAGUGGGAGCCAGGAGGAGGGAAGCACAGGCUUUCAGCUCCUGCUGGGCAGAUGAGGAAACUGAAGCUCAGCUACCUCCCUUCCUGGCUCUCCUGGUUUCUAACAAGGGCUCUGUCCGUGGGUGGGUGGGGCUGAGGAAGGCAGAGGAACUCUAGGCCUGUAGAGACCACUUAGUUCCCCAUUGAACCUAUGGAGGCCAACAAAGGGAAGAGACCUGGUGAGGUGACCCAGCCAGGACAGCCA